GGGCGCGACUUGCUCUCAUCUCUCAGCACAGUAGAGAUCACCAUCGCUAACCUCGCUCUCAAGCAUUCGACACUGGGCCUUGGACUUGUUGGAGCGUAUCAAUACUCGCACGCACGCUUGCGCACUCCAAAAACCAUGCUGUGGAGGAGAUUGACAGCGUUGGCGCUGCUUGCCACUGGCGCCUUCCCACAAGAAGAAGUGGAGCUUCGGCAACUCAACGAAGAUAACUUCAAGGCGACUAUCGCACACGGCGUCUGGCUGGUUGAACACUUCUCACCACGGUGUUCCCACUGCAAGGCGUUCGCGCCGACAUGGGAGGAGCUUGCACACGAGAAGGCAUACCAUGAGCAGCUUACCGGCUUUCACAUGGCGCAGGUCAACUGUCUCGCGCAGGGCGACUUGUGCAACUCGAACGACAUUCGGGGAUACCCCUCCCUCAUCCUUUAUGCCGACGGCAAGGAAGUUGGCGAGUUUAAGGAGGACCGCGCGUAUCCUAUUCUCGAGGCAUGGAUUGAGGAGAAGGCGCUUGCGUAUGCCCGCGGGGAACCCCUUGGCGCCACGGUCGAGGAAGGCGAGCAGGAGGAGGAGCGGCCAACCCAACUCAGCAGACCAAACCCGGACGGAAAGGUCGUCGAGGUAGACGAGGCUGGGUUGGAGGCGCUCAAGGCAAACGGCCCCGUUUUCGUUGACUUCUUCGCCCCGUGGUGCUCCCAUUGCAAGAAGCUGCGACCAAUAUAUGAGAAGCUCGCCGCCGCUUACAAGGGCGCGCUGAACAUCGUUGCAGUUAACUGUGAUGACCAUCCCUUGGUGUGCAGGCGCAACGGUGUAAUGGGAUAUCCUACCAUCAAGCUGUUCCAGGACGGCGAGGUGAAGCCGUUCGAACAACAUCGCACUAUCUCUCUCAUGACCAAGUUCUUGGACGAGCAGGUCAAGGGUGUACCCAUGAAAAAGAUCAUGAGCGAGGACUUUGAGAGUAUCGUCGCGAACGACGACAUCUUCUUUGUCUUUGCCACCAGCUAUGCUACGUCUCUGGAGGAGAUCGAGCAGGUAGAACGGGCCGUCAAGCCAUUAGGCCUCUCGGUCCCGGUGUACAAGACGAACGACCCGCUAUUCUACAAGAACCAGAGCAUAGCCAUGCCUCCCCCCACGUCGUCGCUUCUGGCCUUUGCUUCUCACGACCCUCAGCAUGUCAGCGCAGUGGCGCUACCAGCAAAGGAUGAGGAUCUCCGCCUCUUCGUGCAGAGGAAUCGGUAUCCGAACUUCUUCGAACUGUCCGGGGACAACUACAAUUCUUUGUUCCAGGCGGAGGACCACCCACUCGUCGUGUUGGGGGCUAUCCGCGAUGGUGCAGACGGGGAAAGUGAGCGGCAAGAGAUGCUCAAGACGGCGAAGGCGUGGAAAAAGGGCGGGCGGCCAUUUGAGCAGCGUGUUCUCUUCGUUUCGGCUAGCGCCGUGAACUGGGAGAAGUGGCUGCGCAAGAUGGUCGGCAUUUUCCCGGUCAACAUUCCCGCCCUCGUGGUCAUCGACACAUCCAAGAACGAGUUCUACGACCAGACAAUCGAGGGCGAGCACGCGCACGUCAGAGGUGCGGACGCGUUCUCAGUUCUCGAGGGUAUCUACCAAAACUUCCUGACCGGCAAGGCGAUCGAGAGCGCGUUAGAAUGGGGCUCCCGCAGCGGCACGCUCUUGCUCUUUGAGGCUGGGCAGUGGAGCGCUGCUCACCCCUUCCUUGCGACGCUCGGUGCGCUAGCAUGUGUCGUGGGACUCGUGCUUGCCCUCGCGCGUUGUCUGGGUGGCCGUCGCCCCAGCACUCGUGGUGGGUACAUGAACGAGAAGGGGGUUCAGCGGCUCGACUAG